CUAAAACCUUUUUCUGCUAAGGAGGCAAGGAAAAUCGUUGCCAAUACAGAAGACGAAGUUAACCGAAAACGAAGGAAAGAUGUGGAUGACCAAGGUUUCACAUAUACCUGGUCGACAGAGCAGAAAGUACGACCUGGACUAAAUGUGUUCGACGAGAAAGGAAACGAAUUGGAGUGGGACUAUGAGCAUGAUACAAGAUUCUAUGACGAUCCCAAUGCUAGUCUGGAGAAAGACGACAGCAAAUCUACUGAAACUGAUUCUGCAGCGCCCCAAGCUAAAAUUGUUAGGGGACGCGGAGCAAAAAAGGGCUCACAGUUGUACAAUGGGUUAGGGCACACAUUGGCAUCAGAUGACCUAGACACUUCUGUUCCGUGGGUUUUUUUUGAAACUAUUAUGGGUGAAUUUGUUUACUUCGCGCAAAUGGAAGAACGGAAGCGACGGCGGUUAGCUGGUCGAGUUACGAGCAAUGAUGAUCGUAAUGAGGACGAAAGCGAUGAAGAAACGUGGCAUCAAAUGCCAUCAGCCCCCACACCGCAACCCUGGGAUCGACUAAAAGGGCGUCUUGCGAAUAGAGUGACGCGACCAUGA